AGCCUAGCGGCCUAGCUUCAUAUUUAAUUUUAAAGAUCUUUCUAUAACAGUCACAGAGACAACGAAUAAAAAGUAAAAAGCAGUGUACUGUAACACUGUUCCCUGUUUCAGUGUAACACAGUGUUCAGUGUUACUCUACUGUUACAGACUUACAGUACUUAACUUACAGAACCUGGUUUAACAUGACGUUUAACAGUUUUGGUCAGUCGUCGUACAGAAGUGGAAGGACAUCGUCCAGUUGCAGUGAUAGUUCAUUUUCGUUCUCGCAGGCAAUGGAAGGCUACGAUUAUGAAUUUGUACCCCCGCUGGAACAAAGAUACGAAUGUCCUAUAUGUUUGCUUAUUUUACGUGAGCCGCGCCAAACAAAAUGUGGGCAUAGGUUCUGUAGAGACUGCAUUAUACGUUGGCUACGUGACUCUUGCACACGAUGUCCUGUUGAUAAUGAAACACUGGUGGAAAAUGAUGUUUUUCCUGACAAUUUUGCUAAGAGAGAAAUACUAAAUUUCAACAUCAGAUGCCCUAAUACAAAAGAUGGAUGCCAACAGAUUAUUCCCCUUGGAAAAUUACAAAAUCACCUGGAUGUCUGUCCACAUUCUUUGAUGCCUUGCCCCAAUAAAUGUGCAUCCAUACUACAUCGCUGUGAUAUGGAGCACCAUAUUGCACAUUUUUGUGAAUUUCGUCUGGUGGCAUGUGAAUUUUGCUCAACCAGUGUCAAAGCUAACCUGCUUGAGGUACACAGCAAUGUCUGCCCUAAAGCUAAGGUAUCCUGCCAACACUGUGAACUGCCCAUGUGUAGAGAUGAGAUGCAAGAUCAUCUUCAAAGAGACUGCCAACAAAUGCAGAUUCAUUGUCCUUUUUAUCCUCUUGGUUGUGGUCAUGUUAUAAUGCGGAGCAAGGAAAAUGAACAUUUGAUAACAGAAUGUGCAUCCCACAUGAAACAACUCUGCUUUGCAGUAACACGGCUAGCCAAUCACAGCGGGACGCACAUGAUUGAUCCAAACGAGUGCACAGAAAACUCGUUAAGUGAUGGUUUAGCUGGGACCAUGAAAAAUCUACUUCAGUCCUUUAACUCUUUCUCGACUGCAGACACAGCUGCUGGAAACUUAUCCUCCAGGGACGCAGGCAACAGUGCCAGCCUACACAGCACGUUUCAAGCACUUCAGCUUGCAAGGGUAUCAGACAGCUGCUCUGAAGAUGAGUCAUGCCGGAAAGAAAUUCUAACUCACCAUAACUACAAAGAUAACGUACAUUUCUCUUCGGCAACCAAUUUACAUACAAGAGGAGAGGACGGCAGACAAAACAGCACAUCGCCUGUCCACUACAGCGACCCUGGUUCGGAAACAUCUCGGGCAUCCGCAUCUCAAAGCGUCAAACCGAAACUACCGUUACGUAGAUUGAGCUUCCAGGCUCAUCCCCCUUUAACUCAAGAUUCCUGCAGCCUGUAUUAUAAAGAGAAUUCAGCCUCGGAGCAGAUAACUGAGGCGUCGUCCUCCCAGAUGUUUCGGUACAUUCAAGAGUUAAGUUCCCAGUUUGAAGCCAGAGCUGCCCAGCAACAGCAGCGUAUUGAAGAGCUCCAGAAGAUGGUGGUCAGCGUCGAGAAAACAAAUUCCGAUCUGGUCGCCAAGGUCAAAGAACUGGAAGUUCAAGUAGAUAAGGAAAAGGAAGGGAGAUUUUAUAACGGUGAUUUUUACUGGAAAAUACAAGAGUUUUCGCAGUACCAGUUAAAAGCCGUAGCAGGGGAGCCAACCAUGUUGCAUAGUCCACCGUUUUAUACGAGUGCGUGGGGUUACAAACUGUGUGUGCGGGCUAACAUCACCAGCCAGCAGCCACCCUAUUUAUCACUUUUUGUUCAUUUCAUGCAAGGACAAAACGAUCACAUUCUUUCUUGGCCUUUUUCUGGGAAAAUUGUUCUGACCAUUGUUGACCAGAACCCGGAUGUGAAUGCUAGGAUUCAUAUUUCUGAAACAUUGACUGCAAAGCCUCACCUUGCAGCAUUUCAGAGGCCCACAACGGUUAGAAAUCAUAAAGGUUUUGGCUACGUAGAAUUUAUACAGCUGCCUUCAUUGAGGCAAUAUUACACAGUAGAUGAUACAGUUAUCAUUAGAGCACAGGUGUUUUCAGAUCAAUAGUAUAUUUUCUCCACUAAUAAGUUGUCUCCCUUGUAAAAUUGUAAAUUUACUUUAAACAGGAUUAACUUAGUCCUAAGGGCAUUUGUUUUCUUUACCUCACAAAUUGGAGCAUUAUAUUUAUAUAAAAAAAAAUUUCUUGUAUAGUUAGUAAAUGUGUAAGUAGCUUCAUAAUAAUAGUUGUAAGAGUAUGGUAUGUCUUUAUUACAAAAAAAAAUGUAAACUAAAGCCCCUAGAGUUGUGAAAAUAAUGUUUUCAUAUUGCUUCAUUGUUUAUGGAUUUCCUCGGCUACCCCGCUUUCUUAACGGCAAAUUAGAAAAUUCAAAGUCUUACAAUAACAUAAUUAAAAUUAGUGAAAAAUUUAAAUCAAUUUAAUAUAAGGCUGAAAAUAAGUUUUAGGAUUAUUUUUAAACAAUAAUUUUACCUAAAUCAUUUUAAAUACCGUACUCAAGUUAGAUCUAAUGUGGGAACAACUACAGCCUUAGAUAAGCAAAUCUGUGUUAUUACAAGAUCUAUGCAUUUUUAAAAAAUGUUAUUUUGCCAUACAAACAUUUGGUUUAUGUUGUUAUUAAUCAAAGUCAUGUUAUUUGCUAAAAAAAAAUUAUGUUGCAAAUGUAGCCAAAGAUUUUUCUUCAUCAUCACAUUAAUUUUUGUGGAUGUAAUGAGUGUUGAUAAAUUGUUGCUGGAUAUUUGAGCUUGCUGUUUUAUUUAUAAUAUAUUAUUCAGUGCACAUUUAAUACACAAAAGACACCUUAUUUUUGUGUGUAGGCACUUUAUGAACAUUAUUCACUAGAAUUUUAAAAAAUUCACCAACUUUUAAAAUCUUUACAAAAAUACAUUAAUAACAUUUUUCAUCCCUACAGUGAAGUGAAUACUGUUAAAAACACUAAAACACAUCUUGUAAUUUAUUGUUAAGGAGCUUAAAGUUAAUAGACGGUUUCAAAAUUUAAUAAUUUCAUAUUUUUAUAACAUUUAUUAACAUUUAUGAUUCACGAUUUCAUCCAAAACUGGUUCUAAUUAAGUUAAAAAUACACAUUGUAUUUAAAUCCCUGUAUUUAUCACGAGAACAAUCCCAGAAUGCAUCAUACUUGAUAUAUACUUGUGUAUAAAUUAUGCAUGAUCUAAGUUUAGUCAUAUUUAAAAUGUUUUUAUUGCUGUCCUUGAUUUUUUUUUAAAAAUUCUAAUUUGAUUUCACCUGAAAAUGUAACAUGUACUCUAAAUUUAUGUUCUUUUGAUUGAAUACUAAAAUUUACGUAUAUAAAUUUACUAAACAGGACAAUCGCUAUGCCAAAGAACAAUUUAUUCAGAGACUUGUUGGAUUCCCAGAACGAAAUCCAAAAAUAUUUGUUCAGUAACAUUCUGCGUAGGUUAUGAAAAAAUUUUUUUUUAAACUAUAGGGUUAAAUAAAAUCUUGUAGUUUUUUUUUUUUUAAUUUGCUCAAACAGUUAAUUUCAAUUUUACCUUUUAAUUAAUUUAUAAGAAAUUAAGUAACCUGCCAAUUCAUGCCAUAUUAUUUAUUUGUUUAUUUCUUUUUAAAAAAUUGGUUGGAUAUUAGAAGCUGUAUUGUGACAGUUUAAGAAACUAAUUAUGAAAAAAUUAACCUGAUGCAUUUUGAAAAAUAUACAAUCCAAUCAAAGCACACAAAAUUUAAUACUAGGCAAAUUAUUUGUGUACACACCACGAGAAAUUCAACAGUAAAAUAAAGAGUAUUUUUAGCUACUACCUCUUUAUAAUUUACAAUUGACCAAUGGUCAGUGAUUUGAUAAAGCGCAUCUGCUGUAGCUGGCUUGCAGUUGUAUGUCUAUAUGAAAUCCAAACAAUUUAUCCUUGUAUUUGUCCUAGUCUCGCAUGGGCCAAAAUGUCACAUUGUAAACUGUUAAGAAUUUAAGUUUGGUAACAGAGAGCGUUUAAAAUGUAAGUAGGUCUUGAAUUGUAAUGUCUCAGUAUUACUAAAUUACAUUUAAUGAUAAUUGAAUUUGAUUUUUGUUCUUUUAUAGUAGUAGACAUGAUUGGGUGUUGCUGACUUGGCCAAAAAUAUUUAUUUUUAUGCUUGAUAUUGUGACUGAAACAUAACCAAACCCUUAAAGCAUUGUAAAUUUGUUGGGUGGAGAAGCCAGAAGAACACUGAUUUUUUUUUUCUUGAAGUAAUGAACAUCAAGUUUGGUGAAUAUAUUAAACUUUUAUUUUACUUAAAAGGGGAGAUAAUUUAUUGAUAUUCACAAAUACAAGGGCAUUUUUUUUACUAUGUAAAAGUUAUAUUACUGUUACCCAUUUUGCAUUCUUCAUAUUUCGAGUUUUCUGAAAUUCUGUGAUGCCAAGACUUUUUCAGUGAACCUAUACUUGUACUUGUUAUGAUAGCGUAUUGCUUGCUUAGCACUAAACUUUGCUAUUGUGGGACUAGUUUCUCUCAUUCCAAACUUACAACAUAUCUAGUACACUGUUCAGUAUAUUUAUAUUUUAGACCUACAUCAAGUAUAUUGUAUUUAUAAAAUUCAAAGCAGUUAUCUCUCUUGCAAGCAGAUUAUUUCCCUUUACAGUCAACCUCAUGAAAGAGUUUAUGAAUACAGUAAUUUUAAUAUCUAGAAGGCUUAAAGACCUACAAAUGAGUCUCAUCUAGACCCUGUUAGCUCAAGUCUGCUUCUUAGUUGUUGGCAAAGCUUGAUUUUUCUUAAACUAUUGGCUUUACAUUAUGUACAUUGUUUCUUUUUAUCCAGAUUAUUGUUUUUAAAUAUUUGGAGGAUUUUAAAAACUAGUGUUUUUGAAGAAGAUUUAUUGUAAAUUUUAACAUUUAAUUAUGCAUUUUAGUUAUAAUUGUUUCAUUGAAAACACUGUAAUUUAGGUAAGUUUUAUCUUUUAAUGUGAUCUUUUUGUAAAAUAAAAAAAAAUAUUUUAAUGCUUUUUUUAAAAUGUAAUUAGAA